CGUCAUCUGAGAUUAUGCCAACAACAGAUCUGUUAUUGGCGAAUUUACAAAUCAUACAGUCACUAGUGUAGUGAGAGUAGUACAGUAGGCUAAGCCAAUGCCCUUGAGGUGCGCUUGUCUUGAUUGUCAGCAAGGAGGAGAAAUUAUUUCCGAUCCAGACUGACUGUGGUCUUCUCAUGAAGUGGCUAAGGUUCAAACUCAAUCAAGCACAAGAGCCAGAACUUCGUAAGAUGUAGCAUCUUCAGAGGAGAGUUAACCUUUCCGAUGUGCUCUCUGCCACUACUCCUGUAACAUGGCUGGGUCACUGAAGAGACAUUACCACAAGAAACACCCCAAUGAUGAAUAUGUCAAUGCUGGGACUGGUGUGCUCGCUCAGGAGAGUGUGGCGCAACAAGGUGGUGUAAAGUGUCCGGUCUGCAGUUUUGUUUAUGGUACCAAAUGGGAGCUGAACAGACACCUGAAAAACAAACAUGGAUUGAAGAUUGUGGGCAGCAUAGAAGGCGAAGCCAUAGAACAGCAGGUUCUCGAAGCUCCUGCAGAGCAGACUCAAACACAGUACUUUCACAUAGCAGAGAGUGAAGAGGAUGUGCAAGGUGCCCAAGCAGCUGUGGCAGCUCUUCAAGACUUGCGGUACAAUACAGAGAAUGGUGAGUAAAGCAGUGUAACAUGUGGCCACGUUGAUAACUGUAACUCUCUAAUAUAAACACCAGUUUUGAAUUACUGUGAACCAAGAUCAUUUCAGAGUAGCAAUCUAAGAGUAUGCAAUUAAGUUACACAGUUAAGGUUUAGAGUAUUUUGUUGAAGAUUGGUUUACAGACCUCAUAAGCACCUAAUAUGUAGUUGGUAACAUGUGCAAUGAUUCAUGUAAGAGUUAGUGUAGUAGGACAUGUAGAAGUAACUAGCACUUUGGUGAAUGGGAGUGUAUAAUAAACUAGUAAGUGGGAAGGAAGGAAUUUACAUAAUACCUGGGUUGAAAUCUAUCAUUAUCGUCAGGAUAAGGACACCAUCACAUUAAUACCAGCCAAGUUUAAGUCACGCAUAAACCAUGUUUAAAUUUCCUUUCUGAGCAACUGAUUUAUUAAGGAGUCAUAGAAUACCAUAGAGCAAAAAUAGCCCCUCCAGACUAGUCCAUGCCAGCCUUGUCUUCUGCCUAGUCCCACCUAUAAGCAAUUGGACCACAGCCCUCCCUACCUCUCCAAUCCACGUACCUAUUGGAGUUGAUUUGAAGAGCCUGUGAGUGUCUUCGGGCUAGAUGGCAAAAUCUGGGCCCCAGGCGAGUCACUGAGCAGCGUGGUCAAGGCUCAGAGCCUUUCGUAGCAGUGGUGCCUAGGUCCUAGUGUGAGGUACAGUACGCUGUUUAGAGAAGUUAAACACUAGCCCAGAUUGGAGGCAAGAGCUGACUUUGCCUGCUCUCUGCGAUCGGAGCCUUUUGCUGUUCAGUUGUUUGGUCAAUUUAAACACUGACUCAGAUAGACUGAAAAGACAGGGUGUCGAGAUCGGAGGCGAGAGCCAAUUUUGCUCGUUCUCCGUAGUGGUCAUUUACUUGGAUUUUCAGAAGGCAUUUGACAAGAUGCCACACACGAGGGUGCUUAACAAGAUAAAAUCCUGUGGCGUUACAGAAAAGAUACUGGCAUGGAUAGCGGAAUGGCUGACAGGCAGGAGGCCGCGAGUGGGAAUAAAAGGAGCCUUUUCUGGUUGGUUGCCGGUGACUAGUGGUGUUCCUCAGUGGUCAGUAUUGUGACCGUAAUUCUUCACAUUGUUUGUCAACGAUUUGGAUAAUGGAAUUGAUGGCUUUAUGACAAAGUUUGUGCCAGAGGUAGCUGGAGGGGUAGGUAGUGCUGAGGAAGCAAUGCGA